GACGAUGACAGUCUCCGAUCCCUACACAAAAAUAUUAGACAACCCACGAUUCACUAACAAGUCACGCAACACUCUACAAGUACAAGACGGUUUAAGAAAAUUAAGAAGGCAGAUACUCAUAGAUGGCAUCCCAGAGGAAAUAGCCCCCCUCCGGCGUCCCGCCAUCUGGAAACUAUUCCUCAACAUAAAGCAUCUCUCUCCAGAACAGUACUUGUCUUACGUCUCCCUCGGUCCAUGCUCUGUCAGGGAAAAGAUCAGGAAUGACACCUUCAGGACCUUGGCCACGGAUAAGGGGUUCAAGAACCGCGUGAGGGAGGAUAUGCUCGUCCGCUUACUAGACGCGUUCGUUUGGUCCACCAGCAGCUCAUCCCUGGGAUCCUCCCCCACUUCCCCAACAUCAACUUUCACUUCCGCACACUCCGCAUGGGACCACCCCGACCAACCCAGCUUCACCUACGUCCAGGGGAUGAACGUCCUCGCCGCUCCCUUCCUGUACGUCCUCCCCAGUGAGCUAGAAGCGUUUGCCUGUUUCAGGAAAUUCAUCGCCCUUUCCUGCCCGCUCUACGUCACUCCCACGCUGGAAGGCGUACAUAGGGGGCUGAGGCUGUUGGAUAGGUGUUUGAAGAUCCUUGAUCCGGAACUGUUUGGGUUUUUGAGAGGGAAGAAAUUGGGUGCUGAGAUAUAUGCUUUUCCUUCCGUCCUAACCCUCUGCGCCUGUACACCCCCCCUACCCGAAGUACUCCAUCUCUGGGACUUCCUCCUCUCCUCCGGCCUACACCUCAACAUCCUCUGCGUCAUAGCCCAGAUCCUCCUCAUCCGCUCUGAGAUCCUCGCUUCCCCAAGCCCGAUGAGGCUGCUCCGGACGUUCCCGCCGUUGAGGGCGAGGAAGGUUAUUGCGCUUGCGGUGAUGAUGCUGAGGGACUUGCCGGAGGGGGUGUAUGAGGAGCUGGUGAGACAUCCUUGGGAGAGGUGUUGAGCGCGGCGCGGGGGGGAUAUGCUGAUGCCGAGGACGAUGGUGAUGGCGUCGCCGAUGGUGAUGCCGAUGUUGUACAACACCCGCACAUACACGCUACAAAACGC